AUGGCCAGGCUUGACGCGAACUAUUGCAGGCCAUACCAGCGCGGGUGCUGCCUGAGAGGCAGGGAGUGCCCGAUGCUGCACGCCGUGCACCUGACGACGGGCGCCGCGCCAGCGCACCCAGCUAAGCCAGACAACAGCGAGGGCGACAGCAGCGGCGAGGACAACUGGACGUCGAGCUCGGGCAGUCGCAGCUGGGCGGACAUGUCCGAGGGCCUGUGGGCCGUCCAGCCAGCCGGGCUGCCGGGCACCCGGCCUGCAGCCGAGCCCCCCCGUGCUUGGUCCGCUGGGGCCGCCUCGUCCCGCGAUGAGCUUCCGUCCUUCAACGAGCGCAUCGCCAAUAUCCCCGAGUUCAUGCCCAGCGAGUCGCGCGAGAAUCAUGCGGCCGGCGACAGCCACAAGUCCAAGUCCGCAAUUCGGCGGAAGCAGCGGCAGAUAACCAAGAAAUGGUCUGCGAUGAUGGAGCUCAACAACACCAUGGCUUUGCCGGUCGCGCGUGCUCUGAGCGGGAUGCCAUCGUCGCUGCCACCCGCUCAGCACUCCCCGCGGACCGAGUCGGCUUCGCCAGAGAGACCUCCAGCCCCAGCGCCGUCGCCGAGGCUUCGGCGCAUGGAUGACCACGACCCUGGCGACUCCUGCGACGACGGCCUCGCGUUCGAGAACACGAAAGUCUCUUUGUGA